AUUGAAGUGAAAGAACGACAAACAGCCGCUUUCCUCAAAGGAAAGAUCUUGGAGAUCAUCAAAGUUUACGCAAUAAGUAUUGAGCAAGUUUUUUCGGUAACAUGCGACAACGGAGCAAACAUGCUUGCAGCCGUCCGACAACUCAAGCAAGAAUAUGAGAUGGAGCAUUUCAGUUGGGCGUUGCACGAACAAUCAGAUCAAACGGAUGCAGAGCAAAUGGAACAGGACUUAGAAGAGCACAAGCUAACAGCUGCUUUGAAUAGCGAAUUACAAGAAAACCUCAACUUAGUUCGCUGCGCUGUUCACACACUUCAGUUGGCGAUACUGGACGUAGUCAACAAAUCUAACGAAGAUGUGAAAAUGCUAACGGAGGUGGCCAGAAAAUGUAAAACGAUCAAAUUCAAAUCCGCUUUCGAACUUCAAGGAGCUCGAUAUCCACCAGUGUGGGGAGCUACCCGCUGGGGUGGAAUUUAUGAGAUGGUCUCAAGUUUCUUAGAGCAACGGACUUUCUUCGAUAAACUUGCGGAGCAGUUUCCCGAAAUGGACCUUUCAUUGAGUUGGACUUUUGCGGAACAUUACGAAGAAGCAUUCAAACCACUAUUCAUCUGCACCAAGAAGAUGGAGGCUGCUCAUGUUUCUCUAAGUGACUUCUACCUGGAGUGGAUGAUCACCAUACAGAAAGUAAAAAAACUACAAUCAAAUCCAUUCUCUGAACCUCUGGUGCAAACACUGACUUCUCGUCUGGCUAAUCUGCGUGGCUCAAGAGCUUUUAAGAUGGCGUUAUAUUUUGAUCCCCGGCUUAAUUUCGCAGGCUCUACACUAUUCAACAGCGAGGAAAAGGAAGAAAUUCAGGUACACAAAUACGAAGGUAUUUUCUAUAACUAA